AUGGAGCCUGCGCGCCCAAGCACCCGCCUCGGCUUCGAAAUCGCUAUUAUCUGCGCCCUCACGCUGGAGGCGGACGCCGUCGAGGCUCUCUUCGACAACUACUGGGAUGAUGAGAAUGGCCCCUGCUACGAUAAGGCUCCAGAUGACCCCAACGCUUACUCUACAGGGUCUAUCGGCCGUCACAAUGUGGUACUUGCCUACAUGCCAGGCAUGGGCAAGGCGAGUUCUGCAGCCGUCGCGGCCAACUGCCGUGCUAGCUUCCCCAAUGUUAAGCUGGCUCUUGUUGUUGGCAUUUGUGGUGCCGUUCCCUUUAUCCCCGGCAGCAAUAUCGAGGUCGUCCUCGGCGACGUCAUUAUAAGCAGUGGAAUCAUCGAAUAUGACCUCGGUAGACAACUCCCCGAACGUUUCAUACGUAAGAGUACGCUUCUAGAAUCAUUAGGGAGGCCUAAUAUAGAAAUCCGCGCGCUGUUGGCGAAGCUACAGGGACUCCGCGGCCAAGCCGUGUUGAAAAGAAAGAUGGCCAAAUAUCUUAAUCAGCUCCAGGAUGUGCCCGCCCUAGAAGCCCACUACCCAGGUGUUGCACACGAUAAGCUAUUCCAUGCGGCAUACCGCCACAUUAGUGAUGGCAAGUCUUGUGAAGAGUGCGGGUGUAACGGCGGGCUGAUGUUGCGCCGUCGUUUCGAUCAAGGCGUACCGCAACCGGCAGUUCACUUCGGCGUAAUGGCGUCUGGCGACACGGUGAUGAAGUCUGGAAAAGAGCGCGAUGACAUCGCACGACGAGAGAGUGUUAUUGGGUUUGAAAUGGAAGGCGCCGGGGUUUGGGAUACAUUCCCUUGCAUUGUGAUCAAGGGUGCUUGCGAUUAUGCCGACAGCCACAAGACAAAAGCGUGGCAGCGGUAUGCUGCAGCCACGACGGCGGCAUGCACCAAGGCGUUCUUGGAGUACUGGGUGCCUUCUAUGACGACCGGCCAUGUCCGCGAACAACCAACAUCUCCUGGACAAGUGCUACAAAGUGAGUUGAUGCCAGACCACGAACAUUCAUGGAUUUCGGUUUCACAUUGGCUGCAGUCCCAAUUACAAUGGAAGUUAUGUUUGGAUAAUAUCACCAAAAGGUUGAACCGAUUGUGUGACUGGUCAGUAGCUGAUACAGGGCAUAGGUGA